AUGGUUACUGGCGAGUGCAACGGCGGCGAUCCUCCUCCUUCGGGCGGCUCGGGCAACCUCCCCGGCCUGAACGCGUCUCAAGACCGCCACGCUCAAGCUAUCAUUGCCCAAACCAAGAAACAGGGACUCGGAAAACAGGGCUGCAAGCCUGCCAUUGCUACUGGUCUCACCGAGUCGAGCUUGCGCAUCUUGGCUAAUAACGGUGUCCCGGCGUCUCUGAAGUACCCGAACAACGGGAUUGGCUCUGGCCACGACAGUGUUGGAAUUUUCCAGCAGCGUGCCAUGUAUUACGAGGAUAUUUGUUGUGAUAUGGAUGCCGCUUACUCCGCGAGCGAGUUCUUCAAGAACAUGACGGCUAUUUGUGGCUGGAAAACUAUGGAUGCUGCUACUCUUUGCCAAAAAGUGCAGCGGUCGGCUGUUCCUACUGCUUAUCGCAAGUAUACUGCCCAGGCUGCUAAAAUCUGCGCCGCGGGAGGGUUUUAA